AUGUACUCCGGCAAACAAAAUAUUGUCAUGACAGCUUCCGAGCGACCGAAUCAAGCUUUAAACUACAUCGAGAGGAAUUCAAUUUGCUCCGAGAGCAGUCAGUCCUUCACUACAGCUCAAGAGCACAAUACCCAUGACAUUGACGUCAAGAAGGCCCACGAUUUUUGUUCCAAAGCGCGCGAGAAGAUUCGCGAAAUACGGAAAGAAACCGCCAACUUAAGAUCAAAAGUCAGGGAAAGCAGGGCCGGCCUUCAGACUCAUCGCAACAUUGCUGGAAUUGCCGAGGCAAGGUUUAUGACCGCAAUGCGACGUCUUUGCAAGCAGCGUGGUCAUCAUGACGCGAAGGCUCUUUCAAAUCUUUAUGACGAAGUUGAAGCUGCGAGGAACACCUUAGGCGAUUUGCAAGACGAUUAUAAUCAAGAAGAAGAGAAGCUCAUCAUAGCUGAAUAUGAACUUGAGGAAGCAGAGCUCAAAUAUUAUGACCGAUAUGGGAAGCCCGAGGAUCACCAAGGAGGAACAUAUGUAGAGUCGUCGUCGAUGGCGUCAUGGACCGACGAAGAGGAAAGAGCAUUGCAGCCCUUUUUAAAUUCUCACCCUCUGGCUGAGGAAUACAUGGCAGAACUUGGGCGAGCGGAGAUGGCCAGGGAGGAAAUUCUCGAACUUGUGGGUGAGCGUGAAGACUGUUUGGAGAAACAACGGUUUCGCCUUUCCCGAGAGAUCCCGUUAUAUGAGGCUGACGUUGACUUUCUUAAAAAUUUCCCAAAACUCUAUUCACAAAGUCUCGAUGAACUGCAAAAGGUGGAAAUGGAACUUUCUCGACUGUGGCAAACUGCCAUCGAACAAGGACACCCGCUUCCUCUUAUUGACAACCCUGAAGCUGCGCAUAUUGCCAUGGAAGUUAAUCGGUUGAGGCAGAUUGGCAUAGACCAAUAUGUCUUAUUGGGCCCUAGAUUCGAUAGUGAAAAUACACGCAGAGGCAGCGGAUUGGACAAAGAUUCUGGGAGCAAGACAUUUGAGUAUGAUCCGUCAAAAGAGACUUUCGUUGCUAUCGAAAAUAAUACUUCGGCCCCAGUGAUCGACACUCAAUCAGAUUCAAGAAGCCCGCUCAGAAAAUUAGAGGACAUCAACACGUGGGUUCUUGAUACUCUAGCCCAUACAUCUCCUCAACGAGCUCGUCAUGCUGCGAAUAUCGAGGAUGAUGACUCCUCAGAGGAAACACAGUGGUCUCGGAACGUUAUGAGACGCUGGGAAGAAAACGUGAAGACUUCGACUUGGCCGCAUGAUUUUGAGGUAAUACCAGUCAUGGACCAACCAAAAAUUCCGGUCCGGCCCCAGCGAUGGAGAGACAGCGUUUCGACGCUCACAACACGCCUGCAAGAACCUAGCAUGGGUGAUCUAUCAGGCUUGGGGGCCGGUCUUGCGGAUACUCUAUCCUCGGCGAAUAUUGCUCCUCCUCCGCUUUCUCAUUCUACAUCUUCUAGUGUACUUAUUUAG